AUGGCGGAGACCAAGAUCAUCUAUCACAUGGAUGAAGAGGAGACGCCGUACCUGGUCAAGCUGCCCGUGGCGCCUGAGCGCGUCACGCUGGCCGACUUCAAGAAUGUGCUCAGCAAUCGGCCCGUGCACGCUUACAAAUUCUUCUUCAAGUCCAUGGACCAGGACUUCGGGGUGGUGAAGGAGGAGAUCUCCGACGAUAAUGCCAAGCUGCCCUGCUUCAAUGGUCGUGUGGUCUCCUGGCUGGUCCUGGCCGAGGGCGCACACUCAGAUGCAGGCUCUCAGAGCACUGAUGGCCACACAGACCUGCCCCCACCUCUUGAAAGAACGGGCGGCAUCGGGGACUCCCGGCCCCCCUCCUUCCACCCUAAUGUAGCCAGUGGCCGCGACGGGAUGGACAAUGAGACUGGCACGGAGUCUCUGGUCAGCCACCGGCGGGAGCGAGCCCGACGCCGGAACCGCGAAGAGGCUGCCCGGACCAAUGGGCACCCAAGGGGGGACCGGCGGCGAGACCUGGGGCUGCCCCCCGACAGUGCCUCUACUGUGCUGAGCAGCGAACUCGAGUCCAGUAGCUUCAUUGACUCAGAUGAGGAUGACAACACAAGCCGACUGAGCAGCUCCACAGAGCAGAGCACGUCCUCCCGGCUCAUCCGAAAACACAAGCGCCGGCGGCGGAAGCAGCGCAUGCGGCAGGCGGACCGUGCUUCUUCCUUCAGCAGCAUCACGGACUCCACCAUGUCCCUGAACAUUAUCACCGUCACUCUCAACAUGGAGAGGCACCACUUCCUGGGCAUCAGCAUCGUGGGGCAGAGCAAUGAGCGGGGGGACGGCGGCAUCUACAUCGGCUCCAUCAUGAAGGGUGGGGCCGUGGCGGCCGACGGGCGCAUCGAGCCGGGCGACAUGCUGCUGCAGGUGAAUGACAUCAACUUCGAGAACAUGAGCAAUGACGACGCUGUGCGGGUGCUGCGGGAGAUCGUGUCCCAGACGGGGCCCAUCAGCCUCACGGUAGCCAAAUGCUGGGACCCGACCCCCCGGAGCUACUUCACCAUCCCGAGGGCUGACCCGGUGCGGCCCAUCGACCCUGCCGCCUGGCUGUCCCACACGGCGGCGCUGACUGGAGCCCUGCCCCACUACGGUACGAGCCCCUGCUCCAGCGGCAUCACACGCACCAGCUCCUCCUCACUAACCAGCUCCGUGCCCGGCGCCCCACAGCUGGAGGAGGCACCUCUGACGGUGAAGAGCGACAUGGGCGCCGUGGUGCGCGUCAUGCAGCUGCCAGACUCGGGCCUGGAGAUCCGUGACCGCAUGUGGCUCAAGAUCACCAUUGCCAAUGCCGUCAUUGGGGCGGACGUGGUGGACUGGCUGUACACACACGUGGAGGGCUUCAAGGAAAGGCGCGAGGCUCGCAAGUACGCCAGCAGCAUGCUGAAGCGCGGCUUCCUGCGGCACACGGUCAACAAGAUCACCUUCUCGGAGCAGUGCUACUACGUCUUUGGGGACCUGUGCAGCAAUCUCGCAGCCCUGAACCUCAACAGCGGCUCCAGUGGGGCCUCGGAUCAGGACACGCUGGCCCCACUGCCCCAUCCGGCCGCCCCCUGGCCCCUGGGUCAGGGCUACCCCUACCAGUACCCGGGCCCCCCGCCCUGCUUCCCACCCGCAUACCAAGACCCUGGUUUCAGCUAUGGCAGCGGCAGUGCUGGGAGUCAGCAGAGUGAAGGAAGCAAAAGCAGUGGGUCCACCCAGAGUGCCGGCGGGAGCAGCCGGCGGGCACUGGGCCGUGAGAAGGAACGCCGGGUGGCUGGAGCCGGGGGCAGCGGCAGCGAGUCAGACCACACGGCACCGGGCGGCGUCGGGGGCAGCGGCUGUCGGGAGCGUCCAGCUAGUCAGCUCAGCCGGGGCUCGGCGGCCGCCCCGGGCCUCCCCCCAUCGUAUCCCUUAGCAAAGGCGUACUCGGUGGGGGGGGGGCCGCCGGGGGGGCCGCCCGUCCGGGAGCUGGCCGCUGUCCCCCCAGAGCUGACGGGCAGCCGCCAGUCCUUCCAGAAGGCCAUGGGGAACCCCUGUGAGUUUUUUGUUGACAUCAUGUGACUGAGGAGAGAGUGCCUUCAGCUCGGCCCCACGGUGGGGGAGCCAGUGGUCCUGCCCGCUCCUGCAGGAGGGCACCGCCUUUGGGCUUGUGUGGGCUUGCCUUAUUGGUGGCUGUCCUGGGUCAAGCGAGCCUGUGCUUGCCUGCACACAAGGGUUCAUGUCGGGGCCCAGGCCUGGACGGAGAGGGGGAGCAGGCUGGGUGAGGGGCUGAGGGCAGCCCAGACCACCGUGAUCUGAAUUCGGCAGUCCGUCCAUUCCUAUUUGGAGCAGCUUGUGUCUGUGCAGAGCCCGUGC